CUUCUCGAGUGUUUCUCGGCGAUAGAAGUGAAUGGCUACGGAGAAUGUGAGAUAUCCCGGGGUUAAGGCAGAAAUUGGUGUACAAUAGAGAACACCGUACUUGGAAUGGUCGACAUCGACAAAAAGCAGCGAAGUCUCCAGGCCCUGCCGCGCGAGAUUUUGCUCGAAAUCAUCUCCUAUGUUCCGUCUCGGACGCUGAUUGCCUUGUGCAACCACUCGCACUUCUGGCGGGGGUUGAUACAUGAUAAUCCGACGUUUUGGCGCGAUCUUGAAUUUUCCGCAGAUGAGACUGCAGCUGACGAAAGUGCAGUCUUGUACGUCGAGAAGUAUGCUGCGAAUCUCAUACACAUGCAAGCUGUGCUCGAAGGCUGUGGGGGUAGCUGUUCGAGCGAGGAUGAUGAGGACUCUCUCGAAGACGUUCAGAUUCCCUUGAUACUGAUUUCCCCGGAGCGCUGCCUUGCCCGCUACCGCCUGGCCAAAUAUGAUGAUGAUGAUGAUGGUGAUGAUAAAUCUCUGGAACGUGAAGAACCAGUUGUGUAUAAUGCCCGUCGUCCUCUCUGGCCAGAGCAAAUUAAGGAAAAGCUACUUCAAGUUGCUAAAGAUAUAUUGGAGGAGAGACAAGACUUUGUUUGGAGGGAGAAGUUUGUCUGGCCCCUUAUCAAUCUACAACUAGCUACGUGGGAUCCUGCGGUGUGGGGGGUUGGGAGCAGUGCAGAUCCAUAUGAUUGUCGAGUGGCGUGGGAGUUUUUGAGAUGUGUGGAGUCGAUUCAUAUGCCGCUUGGCGAUAUGAUGACGUUUUUUGCACGUUGUGCGGCAGCCGAGAAAAAAGAGAGCUUACGUAUUUUCUCCCUACGGUUCUUUCCUCAGUCGGGAUCACCAGUAAAUAUUCGGAGCAAGCAACUUGAGUUGGGCACCUUCUACAGUCUAAGUGUACUCAGCCUUAAUGUUUCCGAUGAUGAGGUUUCUUGCUCUCCUCCUCGUCCUCGCGCACAGAUUUCUCAGAAUAUGCUGGCCCAGCUUGUGCGGAGUUUUCCGGAACUGAGAAUGCUCGAGCUGCACGAUUUUCUUGUUUCUUCUGAUAGCAGUGAUCAGGGAAAGCUAGAAAUGCGCAAUGUGAGACAUGUUGAUUUCUCCGGGACCGAGUUUGAAUGCGGCUUCCCGCUACUCAAAGGAGAGUGCCAUUUCCUCACGCUUGUAAGGUCGCCGCAUGUUGCAGAUUUAUUUGGUUCAGAAGGAAGGGCUGAAGGCCUGCUUCAGCACUUAUGGUUCAUCGAUCUGAGUGACAACCCCGACAUCACUGAUACGAUGAUUAUAGACUAUUUGGACCAUAUAUCCUCUGAGCAUAUACCCGGUGGGCUCUUUGGAAGUGAUGGACUUCUUGCGCUAAGGAAUUGCCCCAGACUUGAGUUUUCAUCGCAAUUGCUUGAACGGCUAUAUAUUUACUUCGGCGUAAUUGACAUCAGCCAGAACAAAGCUGUCACGGAUCAUGUUCUUUCUGAACUGCUUCAGGUAGCGGACGUGGAUCGGACGAGGGAGCUCGGGAAUCCUUUAGACGUCAACGUCAGUCGGACGUCAGUGACUGAAGAGGCAUACAAGAGGUCGAAGAACCAGCAUAAGUCCGUGAAGCUUUACUGGUGGGGUGAUGGAGAGAGCUCGGACGAAAGUGAAUGGAAGAUGUUGAUAAGGAGAGGUUCUAGCACUCUAGCGAGAAGUAUUACAUACAAUCUGGUUAAGACAAUGGGGAAAAAUCCUGGCUGCUAUGGCACAUGUGGGGGAAGGGGACACGAUGAGCACACUUGUCGAAAAGAUGCAGGAAUAUCCGGUUGAUAGAUUAGAGCUCUCAAAAUACAAUACAUUCUGGCUUAUGAGAUCAUAAUAAGAUCAUUAUAACAAUUUGGCUACCCCAGGCACAUUCGGGAAGAGAGCAUAAAGUGCGCGCUUCUGUCAAAAGAAGUAGAAAUGUCGGUUUAAUAAGAUCAUGAAUAGCUUUAAUUGAUUCUUAUCGCUGUAGUUGCGCAACUAUUCCUUUAGAAUAAAUCAUGUCAUGCAUGGAAAUUCCCGAUUGGGUAGUUCGGCCGGUUUGCGAGUAAAACUCGUUAUAUAUAACUAUAUGUGGUGAUAAACCCCUCUCUGUAGACCAGAUGCAACAGAGAGCAGCGAGUAUCAAACUAUGUAAAGAAAUUCAUGUGUGAGGGCGCAAAAGUGUUAAGCUGGC